AUGAUUGGCGAGAACCGCCUGACUGCAGCGGAUCUCGAUGUCGUCGGCGCCCUCUCCCCUACCCGUACUCUGCCGAUGACCAAGCUCUUUCGCCAGCUCUGCGACCGGGCGCAGAGUCAUAUCCUGGAGGCAAAAGGUCUACGAAAGCUCUACGCAGACACCCACCGCCGCGAAGUGGAGUAUGCGUUAGUUCCUGACCGCCCCGGCGCCCCCGAGCUGGAACCUCAGGAGGCCGUUGUGGGGUGGCCUCCUACUCGAGAUGUCGUAGGUAACCCCACGGAUCGGUAUGAAUUCGACUACAUCAUGGACCAGCGCCGGUCUGGCGGCGGUAUCCAAUACCUUGACAAGUGGCGGGGCUACCCAGAGGACCAAGCCACCUGGGAACCUGCUAGCCAUCUGAACGGUUGCCCUGCACUGCUGCGCGCCUGGAGGCGCCGUCACCGGAACCGCCGUCCGUCCUUAUCCGCUGCCAUCUUUUCCUUCGGGCACCCCCCACCUUCCCUUUUCGCCAGAUGUCGCCCGCUUACCGCCGUGUGGCGGGGGGGAACGGGGUGCAGAAGCACCCCACGUGGCGGUAGCAGCUUAUCUACACAGCCAAUGGCCUAG